UGAAAUUGAAUAAAAAAUGGUAGAUGACCAAAUCGUUCAUCAUUUCUAGGAAAUUCCCGUUGUGUGUUUUUUUUUCCCCUUUAAACUGGAGGUGGUCGUGACCGAGUACUGCUGCUUUCCGACGUGGCAACUGCAAAACCAAGUUGGAGAAAGCACCAGCUCCAGCACCUUUCUUUCUCCACGUACCAUUCAAAUGCGAAGAAAAAUCGACUCCAAAUUCCCUUGGGCUCCCGCAAUCUCGAUUUUCAAUUUCUUUUCAUGAUCGCGAUAAAACAUUGAGGAAUUCUAGGGUUUAGAAAACAAAUAAAAUGAAGGCUAUGGAGACAAUACAGGAUCUGAUUGAAGAAGCUAAAGUUCGAAUGGUUUGGUGGUGUCUCUGUAUCUUUUGCGUCACUUACUUCUUAUCUCAUACAAGUUCAUCAAUGUGGAUGAAUCUUCCCAUAUCAAUUCUCUUUGUUUCCUUGUUACGAAUUUUGUGUAAUGAGGUGGAGUUCAGCUGGAAAGUGCGCCGGUCAGUCCGUCGACCUUCUUAUUUGUCACAUUUGGAGAAGAAACAACUGUCUUUGAAUGAUUCACGACUUUCUUCCGUGCCACCGCCACCAAAGUGGAAGAGGAAAAUUGAUUCUCCGGUUGUCGAGGCUGCAAUUAGUGAUUUCAUUGAUAAGAUAUUGAAGGAUUUUGUCGUAGAUUUGUGGUAUUCAGAAAUUACGCCAGAUAGGGAGGCACCUGAACUGAUGCGGUCAGUGAUCAUGGAUGCUCUUGGUGAGAUAUCUGGAAGGGCUAAAGAGAUAAACCUCAUUGACUUGUUAACAAAGGAUAUAGUUGAUUUAAUAGGGGAUCACUUAGACCUAUUUAGACGAAACCAAGUGGCCAUAGGUGCUGAUGUAAUGGCAACUCUUUCCACUGAAGAGAGAGAUGAAAGGUUGAAACACCAUCUAAUUGCUUCUAAGGAGCUUCAUCCUGCACUGAUAUCUCCUGAGAGUGAGUACAAGGUUCUUCAACAGUUGAUUGGUGGAGUUUUAGCUAUAGUACUGAGACCUCGUGAAGCUCAGUGUCCGCUGGUUUGGACUAUUGCUCGAGAGAUCGUAACUUGCUUGGUAAUGCAGCCUCUUAUAAACCUUGCAAGCCCUGCGUAUAUCAAUGAGGUGCUUGAAUUGAUCUUACUUGCCAUUAAAGAGGAUAGUCCAAAAGAUGCUGGUGGUGAUCACCCUGCAGGGAGUGUGCAUAAUGUUGACUCUACCUCAAGAAAAGAUCCUUCCUUAAAUAGUCAAAGGUCUGAGAUUUUUGACAACAAAAUGGACUAUCGAGGGACUGAUAAAACUUUGGCUAAAGUUGUUGAUCACAGAGAAACAUACUUGGAUUAUAACUCACACCAACAAGAGCCUAUGCAGUCACAUCCUGUGGAGUGGGCACGAAUAUUAGAGGUGGCGACCCAUAGAAGAACGGAAGUUCUUACACCUGAAAAUUUGGAAAAUAUGUGGGCAAAAGGAAGAAAUUAUAAAAAGAAAGAGAACAAGAAUGUCAAAGCAGGGGUUCCGAAAUCAAUGGCAAAGAGUUCUGUUACAAACAUCGCAGCUACUACAAAUUUGGGAAAAAGUAUGCCAAUAAAUAGCAACACAAUGUCUACAAAGAUGGAGGAGAAAGCAGUAUUGCAUCUAACACAUGGAUUAAGUCUAGAUACUUUAACAAGUCACGAGAAUAGAGAUGGGAGACAGUUUACGCAGAAUGGUAGCCAGGAAUUGUCUUUUGAAGGGUCACAUGUUGGUGGUGAAUGGGAGAAUGCUGACAAUCUCGCUUCGAAUGAAAACAGAGGUGGGAUUAAGAGAUCCAAUAGCACCUCUGCUCUAGAAGCACUGCCUGAUAAAAAGAAGGCAUUUACAGGAGAUGGUGGGGGGUCCAUUAUCUCAGAGUUUUACAGCCCGGAUUCUCACAGGAGUGCAGAUCAUGCUGUUAAGAAGGUUUCAGACAUAGUACUUCGCAGCGAGGGACCUUAUAGUCCCAAGUUGAAGUGUCGGGUUAUGGGAGCAUAUUUUGAGAAACUUGGGUCAAACUCUUUUGCAGUUUACUUAAUAGCAGUGACAGAUUCAGAGUACAGAACUUGGUUUGUGAAAAGAAGGUACAGGAAUUUCGAGAGACUGCAUAAACAUCUAAAAGAGAUCCCUAAUUACACAUUACACUUGCCUCCGAAAAGGAUAUUCUCGUCAAGCACUGAAGAUGCUUUUGUUCAUCAACGCUGUAUUCAGCUUGAUAAAUAUCUUCAAGAUCUCUUGUCCAUAGCCAAUGUGGCGGAGCAGCAUGAAGUGUGGGAUUUCUUAAGUGUUUCCUCAAAAAAUUACUCUUUUGGAAAAUCUUCCUCGGUCAUGAGAACCCUGGCAGUAAACGUGGAUGGUGCUGUGGAUGAUAUUGUGCGCCAGUUCAAAGGGGUUUCAGAUGGCUUUAUGCGUAAAGUUGUUGGUUCGACUUCCCCAUUUGAUGAAACUGAUUCUUCAAUCUACAGCAGGAACUUGUCCUGGCAUUCAGAUGAUGUGAAUAAACAUGUCUUGAGGCAGGAUACCUUAGAACCUGUGAACAGCUUUUCUGAUACUGAGGAAAGUUAUAUUCAAGAAAAUCAGGAACAGAAGGGAGUUGGAUCUACUGCACAAGCCAAUGGUUGGCAUUCAGACAAUGAAUUGAAUGCAAAGGGUUUUCCUCCUCGGGUGAUCAAACAGGGUGAUGAGUCGCGGACCUUAGGUUUAGAGAAAAAACAUGUUUUAGAGGAGAAAAGUAAACGGAUUAACCAUGGUGGGUUUUCUGUAGAAAACUCUGCAGUAGUGUCCAGUCAUAUGGACGAUCCAGUUGGAAUGCCACCUGAGUGGACCCCAUCUAAUGUAAGUUUACCUCUGCUGAAUCUAGUUGAUAAGGUGUUUCAACUUAAAAGAAGAGGAUGGCUGAGAAGACAGGUCUUUUGGAUAUCAAAGCAAAUACUGCAGUUGAUAAUGGAAGAUGCUAUUGAUGACUGGCUUUUGAGACCAAUUUACUGGCUUCGGAGAGAGGACACCAUUGCUCUUGGGAUUCAGUGGGUGCAAGAUAUUCUCUGGCCAGAAGGCAUAUUCUUUACAAGGACAGGGGGUGCACAAAGCAAAGUUGACGAUGAUCAACCAAAUCUCAUACCUUUUCAGAUUAGCCAACUGGGUGGCAGUAAGGUCUCUAAUAAAGGUUCAUUUGAGGAACAACUCGAGGCUGCUCGUAGAGCAAGUGAUAUCAAGAAAAUGCUCUUUGAUGGAGCUCCAUCAACCUUGGUCAGCUUGAUUGGAACUAAGCAGUACAAACGCUGUGCAAGAGACAUUUUUUACUUCACUCAGUCUACUAUCUGUGUGAAGCAACUCACGUACGGAAUACUUGAACUAUUAGUUUUAUCAGUUUUCCCUGAGCUCCGGGAUCUUUUGCUGGGUCUCAACGAGAAGAUGCGUGCUCCACCUGCAUAGCAACUUCUUGGUUCCAUCACUACUAAGCUGGUCGAUUACCGUACCAGCUAUUAUGGAAUUCAAAAUAUAAUAACCAUUUCCAAGAAUCAAUAGAUUACAUGACUUCAUCUUUUGAACAAUUGAUUUCAUUCGCUCUCAAAGAACGAUUAGGCUAUAUAUUAGGAAUGCCAAAACAGGGCUAGAUGAUGUGUUGAACCUUUUUUCCGGGACGUGGGUAUUAGCUGUACAGCUCGAAUAUUCAAACAGUACAUAAGCUGCAAAGUUAGAGCUUUGUAUAGAGGAUGGGUGUUUUUUGUUUUUUUAGUUUUUGUGUGUAUUGUGUUCUUCUUGUUCAAGCUGUACCCCUUGUUAUGGGGAUUUUGUAUCGUCGCACAUUUAAAAACAAAAUCUGUGAUAUAUAAUUUCAACUCACAUUGGUUCA